AUGCGCAUGAAUACACAGCACUGCUGGGUUGACUUUAACCAGUCGUUUGAGAUUGCCCACACGGUCACGCGCCAACAGCGCUGCAAGGACCAGUUUGCGACCAACGGCGCCGUGUACCUCGAAGCUAUUUUGCGCAAUGUGGUGUGGACCGAUUAUAUAGCGACGUGGGGCGGCGUCAACAGUCGGUUUGUCAUCGCGUACGAGCGAGCGCUGCAAGAAACAUCGCAAGGGCAAGCCUUUCUCCUCUCCUUUGACGCUAUUUGCUUGGUCGCGACAGGCGUCUCUGCCAAGCUGCAGCCGACGCGCCAGCAAUACGUUCUCGGCAGCCUCCUUGCGAAUCUCACGUCCACGAGCAGCAACUUGACGGCCGUAUGCGCGCUCGACCCGUCGCUCUUUUUAGCAACGAAACGCGACACGAUGUUUGUCACGACACCGCCGUCGCGUCGCCAGCCCGCCCUCGUCAUCGCAGCUCUUGUCUACCUCGUCAUCUCGCUCGGUAUUGGCCUCUGGUACCUCUCGCUCCUCUCGCCAAGCCUGGCCAAUGAUCUGUGGUGGGCCGGCUUGACGCCCACGGGGGGCGAAGCCUUGCUCAUCGAUCUCAUCAACGCCCAGUUGGCACUCACCGCGACGUCGGCCCUCAGCAUCUACGCUACCGAUGCGAAUAUGAACAAACUCUACAAUGCGCCGACGGCCACCACAAGCGUGUCGCCGACCUACUCUCGCCACAUCAUCUUCACCGAGCUCACGACCAUCGAGUACGCCGUGCCGCAGCUACGGACGCUCAGCGCAGCGUGGUCGAUGCGCAUGAAUACACAGCACUGCUGGCUCGACUUUAACCAGUCGUUUGAGAUUGCCCACACGGCCACGCGUCAACAGCGCUGCAAGGACCAGUUUGCGACCAACGGCGCCGUGUACCUCGAGGCUAUUUUGCGAAACGUGGUGUGGACCGACUACAUGGCGACGUGGGGCGGCGUCAACAGUCGGUUUGUCAUUGCGUACGAGCGAGCACUGCAAGAAACAUCGCAAGGGCAAGCCUUCUUGAGUCAAGUGUCGACCGCGCGCGCCUCGACCAGCAUCAGUGACGAACUAACGUAUUGGCGCCGCUACACACUCGACCGGUUUGAGCUGCAGUGGCAGAGCCGGUGGCAGCCCGGCGUCACGGAAAGCAUUACUCUAGAGAAUGCGAUCGGCCUGCGGGAGAUAGUGUCGAUCAAGAACUUUGCGCAAGGCACCGGUCCCUACACGUCGAUCGUCCUUUAUUGGAUUCCGCUCAACGACCUCCGGUUUGCAGCGUUCAACAACCGCAGUCUCAUUAGAGGGUCGUCGCGCUUCUUUGGUGCCAACCUCUCGUCGACGCUGCCGAAUGUCGACCCCGAAGUGUUUGGGGGUGUCACGCUCGUCUCGGGUCAGUUUGUCAACCAAUCGGCGCUCUUUCGAGCAACGAUUGGUCCAUUCCAGAGCGUCGACUGCUUCUAUCGGGGUCCGCCCCAAUCCCUUCGUGAUGCUUACUCGACGACGCGCGCGCAAUUGCACAAAGCUCAGCUGACGGCGCAAACCUAUCCCGCCACGCUCGUGCUGACACCGGUGACGUGGCGCCACCACGCGUACUACGGUGGCAACCCCAUUUGCACGGUCGUUUGA